AGUUGCUGACCAUCACGUUCCUCAAGGUCAAUUAUUGUGGAAGCAAUUCCCAUCUCCCUAGGCACCAAGGGCUCGUCUCUGUUGCCCACCAGAGCAGUCCCCCAAGCUUUUAGAUUUCUGUUUCUAGCAUGGCGCAGAGUUCAUCCAGUGUCCAGUCUAGUCCCUAUAGUUCACAGCGGAGACAUGCUUCCAAACACCGUUUCUUCGUGGUUGAACUGUCACAAGCUCUUUUCGACUUCGUAAUUCGCCUUCUUCCAGCCCAAGAAGAGAUGGCUGUGAAGGAAGAUGUCAGGAAACUCCUUGAGAGGUUGAUUCGCACAAUCGAACCUGACAGCCGACUACUAUCAUUCGGAAGCACCGCAAACGGCUUUAGCCUUCGUAACUCAGAUAUGGAUCUAUGCUGCCUCAUCGAUUCUGCCGAGCGUCUGUCUGCAUCCGACAUGGUUACGAUGCUCGGCGACCUCCUAGAACGCGAAACCAAGUUUCACGUCAAACCUCUACCUCAUGCACGUAUACCAAUCGUCAAGCUCUCCUUAGAUCCAUCUCCUGGACUACCACAUGGUAUCGCUUGCGAUAUCGGAUUUGAGAAUAGACUCGCCCUGGAGAAUACAAGGCUGCUCAUGUGCUACGCUAUGAUCGAUCCCACACGUGUACGGACACUAGUUCUCUUCCUCAAAGUAUGGAGCAAGCGGAGAAACAUCAAUUCUCCGUACCAGGGGACGCUAUCAUCUUACGGUUACGUUUUACUUGUCAUAUAUUUCCUCAUACAUGUGAAGAAUCCGCCUGUGCUACCAAAUUUACAACAAAUGCCUCCCCUACGGCCAAUUUCUCAGGAGGACACCCAUAUUGGGGGGCAUAAUACUUGGUUUUUUGACGACAUAGAACUUCUACGCCAGCGAUGGCAAUCAUCUAAUACCGAUAGCGUGGCUGAUUUGUUGAUUGAUUUCUUCCGAUAUUAUUCUCGUGAUUUUACCUACAAUACAGGCGUUGCUUCCAUUCGGGGAGGCCUAUUGAAGAAGGACAGCAAGGGAUGGCAAAACGAGCUGGCAGCCGGCCGAUAUAAUGACUCCAGAGAGCGAAAUCGGUUUUGUAUAGAGGAUCCGUUUGAGAUCGAUUUCAAUGUUGCCCGAUGCGUAACAAAAGAAGGGCUUUACCAGAUUCGUGGAGAAUUCAUGCGCGCAUCUAGGAUCCUUGCGAUGCGCCCUCGCGCUUCUGUCGCACUUGCUCAACUGUGUGAAGAAAAAGGUGAAGACCCACAGACAACGUCACCUCCAUCCGUCUUCGUCCCGCCUCGCCUCUCCAUUCCCCCCCAGACACCAUACACCGUUGGUAGUAAUUCCAUGAGGCCCAAGGGAGCAUCCGCUGAGCGACUUUCACCCCAACCUGAGUUCUUUGAGCCUGAAAAUAGACAUUCGGGCGAUAAUUGUGUUCCAUCUCGUACCCCACCCGAACACAUGGCACCAAAAAGGACCCAGUGGACUAGCCCGCCCCCACCUGAGGCUCCGCCUGCACACCAUGCCAUAUUUGAAGAUCAGCUUGACCAAGGCCUGGCGUUGGCAACGUCUUCGACAAUGGCGCGGGAGGCUGGGAAACCAACGUCAUCUCCUGAACAUUUUGAUCUCCUCAGCGAUGAAGAGCGUCGAUCAGAUGCUACUGAGUCCGAUGAAGUCCAAUCUGUUCAGUCCUUUACUGAAGGAUCCCGUGCAACUCCCUUAGCAUCCACAUCCUUUACCGAACCCGUAACAUCUGUUGUUGGACCUAGCAUUCGAGGCAGAGUGCCCUCGAGAUCCUCGCGUCCCAGUGACAAAAAUGUAGUUCCGCCGAACGAGGCUACCCUAAUUGCUUACAAAGCUGAGCUCAUUCGUCGUUCACACUCUGGCCCUCCAAAUGGCAAGUCUAAUCGUUUUUCCUGGCCUUCCGCCACAUCCAUUGCAUAUACUCCUACAUUCGGACCAUCGAUAUCUACGUCACAAUCCUCUCGCUUGCAUGUUCCAGACACGUCUGCUUCGAUCAACACUGUAUUUUAUGAGACCACGGGCACGCAGCCGCGUUUUCCCACUUACCCCGCACCCGCACCAUCUCACUUGUCAUCUAAUGUGCCAUUUUACAUGCGAAACUAUCUUGAUCAAACCAUUAACAAUACCGCUACAAUUGAUAUCUCCAGAGACGUUCCACCCUCGUCGAUCUCCCAGGCGCCAUUCACCCAUUCACAUUCACAUACACACUCCACUACUACGAUCACCUCCCGCGUUCAACUCAUACCACGACAUCCUCCGGGCUCGCCACCUCAUUCUCCGCUACGCAAUAGCAUGCACGGACGCAUAGGCAUGGUAUGCGGGCAUGGAAGUGACUCAUCUUCGCCGACAUCCGGAAGUUGCUCGCCAUCUCCUUCACCGACUCUGCUGCACCAGCAACAUGCGGUCGAUGAUUUUUCACGUUACAACACGUUCAAGAUGGUUGCUCCUCGCCUGAGACGCAUUCGUGCGGAUCCGGCAACGGUGGAUCUGACACCUGAUGUUGCUUUGCGAUAGCGCUAGGCUCGCAUCGAUCGGCAAUGGGGAGACAUUACAUACACGUGCUUACUCGGACCUCAGUUUGACCUUAUCAUAGUCCAUAAUUAUUUGCUCUCGAA